AUGAGAAGGGUACAAGCAAUUUUUACAUUAUGUCUCUUUUUAAUUUUUUGUUGUUUAAUAAAACCGAGUACGGUUAGCAUAUUUUGUGAAAUUAUAAAUGAUGAAGAUGUAUACUCAAGCACAUUAAAAGGGCAAAACUUCAGCAAAGAAUUUAUAGCCUUAUUUGACAACAAGGAUGUUCGUAUCACGAUAGAGAAGUUAAUUUUGGAAGAACAUGUAAAAUACUACAUUAGCAAAGUGAGAAAAAGUGAACACAAUAUAAUUAAAGCUAUUGAAAAAAUCUUGGUGAGAGAAUUUCCAAAUAGCAUUGGACUUAAGGAAGACAUUGUAAAAAAUGAACUGCUGAAAUUUUUGAGCAUUAUAUUUACAAAGGAGGAAAAUCUUGUGACGGAAUUUUUUGAUGACUUUAAUAAGAACUCUUUCGACAUUGGUGAAAAUUAUCGUCAUUUUGAAAAUCAAUUUUUGGGCGAAUAUGAAAAUAUUGAAAGUUUAAAAAGAGACUAUUUUUCCAUUUUUAAUGAAGUAGCUGAAUCGCUGAAUAGCACUAAGACGAAUGAAGAUAGCAAAAGCAGUGUGUACUUUAUCGACAUCAAGGAUAAAAUACUUUCCAAUGUAGAAUCACUUAAGGACAUUUUGGCAAAGCUAAGAGGUGAAGUUGUCGCUCUGUAUGAUAUAAACUAUGGAUUGAAUGAGCUGAAGAAUGAGGCAGAUGUGUAUAUUUCAAAUUUUCGAAGGGAACAUCAGACUGCGGAGGGCACUUCUAUCAGUGCAGACUUUGCCAGUGGAAAAGAAAGCGAUAGAAACAUGCUGAACCUGGUGGAGGAUGUGACGUCCAAAUUGAUGUUCAAUCUGCAAACGAAGAUCACCAGCACGAGGGAUGAACUUCAAAAACGGCUGAGCACUUUAGAGAAGGAACUAAUCGAUAUGUCCACUGAAAUCACCCGGUUGGAUAUUCAGCAGAAUGUGCCCAAGCUCGCCCUCGUAAAAAACAACAGCUUCCUCAACAUUGAAAGCAUUCGCAGUGAAUAUGAGGAAUAUGUGAAUAGAUCGGAGACUCGGGGGGACGCUGUGGAGGAAGCGAAUAGUACCAGCGGUAUGAGCGACGUUACUGGAGAGGUCGACGCGCUCGUAUUUGAGAAAACCCUGCAGCUGCUGGAAAAGCACACCCACUGGGUGAAGGAGCAGGACGCCUUUACCUACUGCGAGAGGGACGACAUCGCCGAGGUUCUCACUAUCUGCCUCAACCUCGUGGAGAAGCUAAGAGACCUAGUCGUACAAGAGAAUUUCAAUUUACUAAUGAAAUAUGAGAACCUGUACAAACAGCUGAACAGGUUUCUCUACCAUUCGAGAAGCAGUACCAUGGACAUCUCGUACAUGAAGGCAUGGUACUCCAUCGAGAAUUACAAAGGAACGGAAAUUUUGAUUAACGGAGUUGAUCGGUUACUGCGUGUGAUUAGUAUACUCUCACAGAUGAUUACACUUUUUAAGGAAGCCAAUAAGAAUAUGAAACCAGAUGUAUUUUUUAACCUGAACAGAUUGAGUAUUGGAUUGUACGGUGCGGAAAAGAGAGUCACUCUAUUUAAGAUGGAGCUGGCCAAAUUAAUGCACCCUCCACAUAGCCUACAAGUUAUAAAAAAUAACAUUGAGAAGUUUGGACAUGUGUAUAAGGAUAACAUCACGAAGAUGAAGGUGAUCUCAAAUUCGUUUGACAUUGCCUCUGGAAACCUGCAGACAGAAAUUGACGAAAUUUUAAAAAUUGUGAGUACCAUGAUUCAGGCGGAUAGCUUAAUUAGCGAAUUUAAAAAGGUUAGGAGCGUAUGGAAGGGACACGUUAAACGGACUCUGAAGGAAUUGAAUGAGAAGAUGGGGCUUCUCACUAGUGCGUAUAGAGGAAACAGGAAUGUGAUUUUCCCCCCUGAGUUGGACCUUUCAAGGUCGCACCCCUCGCGCGAUGGGCUGAGAAACGCGUUGGGCGGCCUACUGAGUGGCACACUGAGCGACCCACAGAGCGGUGUACUGAGCGGUGUACCGAGCGGUUCACUGACCUGUGCUGGUAAUCCGAACGGAAACCCCAUUAACAGUAGCACCUUGGCGUCGCCAUACUUUAUAAACCUGUACAAAACCGUCAUGGACAAAUUCGACACGGUGAAAAAGGAAGAAGAAAUGAAGAGGCUCUUUUCCGUUAUAUACAGAUCACUGGACAUCAUUAUACAGAUAAUUAAAGAUAACAGGAAGAAGAUGAACCAAGAAUACAACAAAAAGCGCAAGGACAUUAUCAAUUUGAUUAAUUAUAGGAAUGACUCCAGAGUUGACAUGACAAAUGUGUAUAAGAAAUUGAUCGAACUGGAGGGGGACUUGGUUCGAAAUUUACAAAAAUUGUUUUUAAAUAAAGUGAAUUUGAAUAAACAGCUGGAGCAUUCUGUGGAAAUGACCAAGGAGGAGCUCUUCAAGGACAGGGUGCCUCCUUAUUGCAACCUGGUGGAACAGUUCAUUACGAAACAUUUCCUGACCAUGGUCAGGUGGAAAAGGCUUAUAAAUAACAACAGGGAUUUAUUCCCCCCCGAGUUGAUAUCAAAGGUUGUUGUGGAGUAG